AUGCGUUAGAUGAGCAGGCUGCGUGUAUGAUAGAACAGCGAGUGCCCACAGUAUUGGCCAUCGACUGACAAUUCCGCAGUAGAAGAUGCGCUGGCUUCCGCCGCUCUGAUCAUGAAUGAUGAGAUGGAGCAGGCAGAAGUCGAGUUGAGGAAAGGCUCCUCGCCCUUUCACAAGUUGGGCCAAGCCACCGCUGUGUUUCUCAGGGCAGCCUUAGGGUUCGAAAAGGAUAUCAUGCAGCAAGCAGGUACACUGUUGGCCGAAGCCGAGGAUGCCGCCGUCGAACAUCAACGAAGAGCAGUACGCGAUCCAUCCACAGCUCAUCAAAGUCACAUCUACCCGCCGGGGGCCGAGUACGCACUGAUCCAUGCGGAAACGCAACUCAUGUCUGCCGUCGUGGCCGUAUUGAACGAAAGUGUGACCGAGAGUCUUCGUGGCUUCUACAAGAUGCGUCGAGCGUUUGGUACCUUGUCCGAGAUUAGUGCAGCCGAGAAGAAAUAUCUCGACCGCCAUCCACCCGAGUCGAAGGGUUCGAGCUCAUCAAGUACCGACUCAUUAUCGACUGGACAUGGCCAAUCCGAGUCAAUCACACCCGACACAUCCGAUGAUGAUUUCGAAGAAUUGUCGUACAACGAGGAUGAAGAUCAUGAUCUCGAGUUCGUCGAUGCCAAGGACGUACUCUCCGCUCUUGUUACGCCCAUAGGUUAUGACGGUCAUCUUGAGUUCCCCGACUUUACGACCUUGAAGCUGCACGACACAAAUUCCAAGUCUUCCAACGAUGAGGAAAGCUCAUCCACAACCCCUGAAGCCGGCCAAAGAGAUGCAGACGACGACAUCGAUUUCCGAACUAUCACUACCAACCCAAUAGACCUCUUCAUCCACUCUGGCACCGCCCUUUGCUUUGGCUUGUUACAGUUGCUCUUAUCUAUGAUUCCACCCGCAUUCAGCAGGCUACUGUCCAUCUUCUCUUUCCGCGGCGACCGAGAAAACGGCUUCCGACUACUAUAUUCCGCAACGAGGUUCAAGCACAAUAUCAACGGCGCCAUGGCCGGCCUAAUCUAUCUCGGCUUCCACAACGGCGCCAUCGCAUUCUGCGACAUUCUCCACAAAGGAGCCCUACCGGAAGCCAGAUUACGCUCACUGCUGGCGGAGAUGCGCGAAAUCUACCCGAAAUCCAAGCUAUGGCUUCUCGAAGAAUCCAGGAUGCUCACGCGCGAUCGCAAACUGGAGCAAGCCGUCGACACCGUCAGAGCCGGGCCGAAAUCGAGCUUGAAGCAGGUCGAGGCACUCGCGACUUUCGAAACAAGCUUGAACCUCAUGUACCUCCAUCGUUACGAAGAGUGCGCCGCAUCAUUCAUCCGAUGCGUCGGGCUGAACAACUGGUCGCACGCACUGUACUACUACAUCGCCGGCGCGUGCCACGUCGAGCUGUACAGAAUCCACCAGACCUCCGAUCCAGACAAGGCGAAGCUGUCAGCAGCCAAAGCAGCAAAGUACCUCCGCGAAGUACCAAUGCACACAGCGAAGAAGAAGUUCAUGGGCCGCCAACUCCCCUUCGACGUCUUUGUAGGCCGCAAAAUCCAGAAAUGGGAAGCGCGCGCAAAGCAGCGGCACUGCGACUUCGUGGACGCAGUGGGCGUCAGCCCGCUCGUGGAAAUGACUUACUUCUGGAACGGGCCUACGCGCAUGCGCCCCGACCAUUUGGCCAACUGUCUCGAGCGACUCACCUGGUCCGAGCAGCAGGCAACCUGGCCGAAUGAGCCCGUGGACGAGCAUGCCAUCUUUCACUUACUGCGCGGCGUCUGCCGUCGGAAUCUCGGCCAUCUGGAAGAGGCGCAGUCGAUUUAUUCCACGGAGGUGCUCUCGCACGAAUUGCAUCGGUUGAAGGCUUGCGACCACCCGGAUACGUGGCCGUUGCCGGUGGCGAACUACGAAAUGGCGGUGUGUUAUUGGAAGGAGGCGGGCGGCGAGACGGGGGAUCGGGCGACGUUGAAGAAGUGCAGUGAGUCGCUUGCGAAGGUGGAGAAGUGGGAGUCGUUUGAGUUGGAGGCGAGGAUUGGGCUGAAGAUUACGACGGCGAGGGAGACUUUGAAGAGGUGUGGGAUUGAGAGCUGAUGGGGAGGGUGGAAAUAGAGGCCGUACGACCGAGUAAAUAUGGCUUUGGUGCACAGCCAAACUUCUGCUGCACCAUUUCAAUGGGCAGUCUGCAAUCUACUGUCAGUAGAUGAGUCGAAACAUGACCACCGACCUCACGUCCAGUCUUUCCAGGAUCAGCCAAAUUCAUCCCUAAGCUCAUCACGCCCCAUUGUCUCAACAAACGCGCGCCGGAUAAAAGUCCACCACGCCUCAUUGAUCUCCCGC